CUCUACGUAUCGAGCUUUCGAGAAACGUGAAAAUUCUGUUUUUUGUGCUCAUUUAUUGACCGCCGUAGGAUUGAACGCCAAUAAAAAUAAACGUGUCAAUCCAAAUUUAAAUAAACUAAUAGUUUAACUAAAGUGUAAAAAAAUGAUUAUACCUGUACGUUGUUUUACAUGUGGAAAAGUUAUUGGUAAUAAAUGGGAAGCUUACCUUGGUUUGCUACAGGCAGAAUACACUGAAGGAGAUGCUCUUGAUGCAUUGGGAUUAAAACGAUAUUGCUGCCGCAGAAUGCUUCUUGGACAUGUAGAUUUGAUUGAAAAGCUUCUGAAUUAUGCACCAUUAGAAAAAUAACCACUCAGACUUGUUAUUUACACAUUUCAUUUUGAAUAUUAAGGUACAUA